AUUUGACCGGUUGAUAUGGGGCGAUUCGAGACGGUGAAAGAUUUGCUAUCAUCUGAACGAUUUUGAACUAUAGAAGAUCGUCAAGGAAAGGCUUUCCAAAUACGCGCGACUCUUCAAAAGCCAACGACGCUAGGGUCAUGGACGCGCCGGAGGCGGCGGCGGGGCUGCACGCGCACUGCGAGCGUUGUGUCAAGCUGUCCCGCUGCGCGCAGGCGGCGCCCGUGGGCGGGCCGCGCUGCGAGCUGGUCGACUGCCCGGUCGGCUGCGGCCACCGGCUGCACCGCUGCAAACUGGCCGAACACAGGCUCCUCUGCCCCGAGGAGCAGGUGCCCUGCAUCAACGCGGAGUACGGCUGUGCGGCGGUGCUGGCGCGCCGCCUGCGGGCCGCCCACCUGACCGACUGUCCGGCCAGCGUGGUGCUCUGCAUGGCCGAGUGGAACCGCUGGCCGCUGCUGGCGCCGGGCCGGCCGCGCACGCUGUACGCCUUCCAGUGCGCGCAGCCGCUGCGCCGGGACGAGUUCGCGCACCACUACCGGCGGGUGCACGGAGACGUGCACGGCGGCGCCGGCGCCUGGCUCGAGCGUCGCUGCCCGCUGGCUCAGUACGGAUGCCCGCACGUGGCCGACAGGCUGUACCCGGACCGGCCGCAGCAGCGGUUCGUCGUCAGCCCGGUGACUGGCUGCGUGGGCGUGACCGUGGCGGGUAGUGCCGACGCGCCCCCGGAUCUUGGCCUGCUGACGACGCUGCCGUUCGAGGUGCUGGAGCACAUCGCCGCCCUGCUGGACCCAUUCAGCCUGAACCACCUGUCGCUGACGUGCCGCCUGCUGCGUGACGUGUGCGCCUCGCUGGUGGAGAGCCGCGGCCUGGUGAUGCUCAUGUGGUCGCCGAUUCGCGUGGACGGCCGGGUCACAUGGCGUUCGGUGGCCAAGAGCUGGCGGUUCAGCGGCGCGUUCGAGCCGGUGCGCACGCUCGGCUUCCGUGACGGCCGGCACGUUGCCGACCACAUGCGCCACUGCGCGCACUUCGACCGACUGGAUAGGACGUCGCGCCGUGAGCUGUCUCGACUGCGGUGCGCGCUGCUGAUGGAAGGACGCUGCGAGCUGGCCGGCCUGCCUGCUCCGUUCACAAAGCGCGAGUGA